AUGGAUCAGAUAGCAGAGUGCUCAUCAUCCAUAGCGCCUUCAUUGACGAUGGAUGCAUAUUCUCGGGAGACAUCAUCUGCCUACUCCUCUCCAGUUUCUGCUACGGCACCUCAAGCAGCGCUUUCUCAACCUAUUGGCUUGGGUAUAAUGAAUUGCGGAUUGGACCCUACCUUCGACCAUACCGCUGGUUAUCAACGUCCGAUGCCUUACCCGAUGUCUCCUCUUAGCCAUUCGCCGAACUCGCUAUUACAGACGACCGCUUUUCAUGGCUCUCCCUUCCAACCUCAAGACACCUCUAAUAAAGUAUGCUUCUCCGCAUACAACGGCUUUCAGGACUGGGGUGGUACUCAAGAAAUGAGCGCAUCGCCAAGUUACGGGUCAAAUUUGGAAAUUCAGUCUGGACAGGAGGUAUUUUAUCAAAUGCCAGGAUAUUGGGCCCCCAUGCCAUGCCCAGGACCGACGACUCCCCUGGAGGCUCUUUCUGUCAACGCGACUGUGCCCGCAAGACCCUACAUGUUCAUAAACAACUCUAGCGAAAGUGCUGGUAUAGCUCGCACUGCUUGCAAUGAAAUCAAGGUAGCUUCGGGAAAUAGGUUUGUCUGUCCGAAGUGUGGGAAUACCUUCACGAGGAAGUCGAACCUCAGGCAGCAUGAAAAGCAGCACGAUCCCGAAAGCAGGAAGAUUUCCCGCGUUAGCUGUUCCGAAUGCUCGAAGACCUUUGGAAGAAAGGGAGACUUGAGGCGUCAUUUUAACAACGUGAGGAAAAUUGGCCCAGCUGCCUUGACAAACGCUUACCCUAAUUCAGAAACAUCUUCAUAUUCGCGAACAUCACUGUGA